UUAAAACUUAAUCAGUCAGUCAGUCAGUCAGUCAGUCAGUCAGUCAGUCAGUCGGACAUCAGCUAGUGAAGAAGCCAGUCAGCAUCCAUCAUGGCUGUUAACAUCCCAGGAGUGAUAGCGAUGGUGUUUUUCUACCUGCUGGUCCUUGGGACCGGCAUCUGGGCUUCUUUCAAGUCCAAAAGGGAACAGAAGAAAAGUGCAGCCACUGGAACGGAGAUGGCCCUGCUGGGAAACCGGAGCAUUGGCUUGGUGGUGGGGAUCUUCACAAUGACAGCUACGUUUGUUGGAGGAAGCUUCAGUGUUGGCACAGCUGAGAUGGUGUAUACACUCUAUUUUGGCCUAACCUGGGUAGUUCUGACGUUAAUGGCGUUCAGCUCAUCUUUUAUUAUUGAUCAGAGUUGCUUGGUGUUUGCUAAACCAAUGAGGGAAAGAAAGUAUGUGACGAUGCUGGACCCUUUCCAUGCCAAGUAUGGAAAAGUACUAACAGCUGGAAUCUGCUUGGUUUCACUUUUAAUGGAUGUGCUCUGUGUGCCCUUAACACUCAUUUGUUUAGGAGGAACCAUGAGUGUGGUCUUGGAUUUGUCCUUCACUGCGUGCGUUUGGAUCUCUGCUGCUGUCGCCAUUACCUACACACUGCUGGGAGGUCUCUACUUUGUGGCCUACACAGAUAUUAUACAGCUUGUGCUCAUAUUCUUCAGCUUGUGGAUCUGUGUUCCCUUUGUUUUGAUGAGCUCUUACUCCUUGGACAUUAGCCAGACACUGAUGAACAACACCUUACACGCUCCCUGGAUUGGUGCACCAGGGCUGGAAAAGACCUGGAUAAUGAUUGAUGACAUCUUAUUAUUCGCAUCAGACAGAGAGACUCAGUGGGUGAUCCGUGCUUCUGUCUUGGCAGUGGGCUUAGUUUCUACAUCACUGACCAACCUGGACAACAGCAUCUUAUUGUUCUGGUUAAUCAGGGCUGAAGUGAACUACGAUGUAAUCUUCCCUCAACUCGUCUGCGUCCUCUUCUUCAACAUCUCCAACGGUUACGGGGCUGUUAUGGGCUUCCUGGUGGGAACUGUGUUAAGACUUCUCAGUGGAGACCCAUCACUAGGGUUAACACCAGUCAUUCACUUCCCAGGAUGCACUCUUGAGGACGGUGUUUAUGUCCAGUACUCUCCAGUUAAGACCAUCUCCAUGCUGUCUGCCGUUGCUGCCAUCUUGUAUUUCUCCUACCUUGCUUCUGUGCUCUUCAACAAAGGCCUGCUUCCUGAGAAGUGGGAUGUGUUCAAAGUGAAAGUCCAGCACUCACCACAACCACUGACUCCAACAGAUGGCGACACAGAACACAAUGAGAAUGAGAAUUUAAAGGUGCUCUAA